AGAAAAAUUGCAUCUUACAUUUUGUUAAUAAGGUGUUGCGAAGCAAAAGGAAGAGGGUAAAGAAUCAGUUAUUUUAAUUUAGCUGAUCGAAAUGAGAUUUUUAAUUGAAUUUUCGAUUUACAUCUCCGCAUUCGUUCAAAUGUAUGCGGUGCAUUCCUUUUGGACGCAAUGUAUACAAGAAAUAAGAUGCAGGUUUCAACGAUGUGCCCAUAAAUUAUGACCUAUGAACGUAUGAUGGAAUGCAGGUUCAAGCCUGGGGAUGUCGUGAAAGCCAAUUAUACAUUCAAGAAAGACAAAAAUGAGGAUUUACCAUUUAGUAAAAAUGAAACACUAGAGAUCAUUAAUAUUGGCAAAGAUCCGAAUUGGGCCCACGCGAAGAAUGCUUUUGGGGAGACUGGACUGAUUCCUCUAAAUUACGUCCAGCGGAAGGCGGAUGUUUUAGAAAAUCUCAAAGAUCACUGUUGGUAUCAUGGACGGAUUUCUCGUGCCGAAUCAGAGAGUUUACUUUCUGGUAGUCCUAUCGGAAGUUUUCUAAUACGUGAAUCCGAUUUGUACAGUGGUGGUUUAACAUUAUGUGUUGUUGGACCUUCAUGUGAAGUCGGAAGCCCAGAUGCUGCUGAACAGCAAAAUCCAACAGCGACACCUCCAAAUACUACGACUAAUGUACAGCACUAUCGCAUAGUCCGUAGGCCUUUUAAAGCUACCCCUCCUAACCAACAUUCCGAAUAUUCAACACUCCCAACUUGCAGCAAAAUCCACUACACAUUAGACGAAACUGAUUGGUUUCCAAGCCUUUUAGAACUGGUUCAGUUUUAUUCGGAACCCAAACGCGGAUUAGUUUGUGCACUUCUUCAUCCAGUCCCAGAUAUGCAAAGAAAACGAUUAAGUGAACUACAGAAACUUGGUUAUCUCAUUUUUCGCAAAGAAAUUGCAUUAAGUGAUCGUAUUGGGCGUGGAGAAUUCGGUGAAGUUCUUAAAGCUACUUAUCAUGGUCGACAAGUAGCGGUGAAAAUUUAUAAAAAGACUGCUUCUAAAUUGGCUAUAACCUAUGAAGCAUCACUUAUGACAAAAUUAAAUCAUCCUAAUUUAGUAUCAUUUAUUGGUUUAGUAUAUGAACCAGAUGAUGCAGUAUAUUUAAUUACAGAAUAUUUAGCUAAUGGUAGUUUACUCACUUAUUUACACUCUCGUACACGUGAUGAAAUUACAGAAUUGACCAAGUUGAAAUUUAGUAUUGAUGUUUGUCGUGGGCUAGUUUAUCUUGAAGAACGUGAUUUUAUUCAUCGAGAUAUAGCGGCUAGAAAUGUUCUACUAUCUGGACAAAUACCUAAUUUAAUUGCUAAAGUUGCCGAUUUCGGUAUGGCUAGAGAUUUACAUGAUUUGUCAAUUGUUCCUGGUGCUACAUCAAAUCAAGUGUCAAAAUUGAAUAAUAAUACACCAACGUUAGUUAUUCUUAAUUCUCCAUUAAGUGAUACCAUUGAAAAAUAUCCUAAGCCUGAUCAUGAAACUCAUCGUCAAUCUUUUGAGGCAGCUAGUAAUAAUAAUAAUAAUAAUAAUAAUAAUAAUAAUAAUAAUAAUAAUGCAUCUCAUAACUCUUUAAAUCCAAUGGUAUUACAUGAUAAUGCAGCAAUUCCUCUUAAAUGGACAGCUCCAGAAGCUGUACGCGAUCGGUUGUUUACAACAAAAUCAGAUGUUUGGAGUUUUGGCAUAUUAUUAUGGGAGAUUUAUUCUUAUGGACGUAUACCAUAUCCACGAAUGAUGGCUAAUCAAGUAUUACGUCAUAUUGAGUCUGGAUAUAGAAUGAAAUCUCCCGAAGAUUGUCCAUCUACAGUAUAUGCUUUAAUGUUACGUACAUGGCAAAGUGAACCAAGUAACAGACCAAGUUUUGUGGAAAUUUUGAAGGAACUUUUGAAAUUGCAUAAUACAACAUCUAAUAUGUGUAAUUCUACACUUAUUCCCCCUAUCCUUCCAUCGAAACUCACUCAUCCAGUGUCCAUUAGUGAUUCUACUGUGAACAAUUCUGUUUUAGAUAUGAAUAAAACAUUUAGUGACUCUGAUAGUACAACCCCUUGGGGUACCACUGGAAAUAAGACAACAACUGUGACAAAUAGUUACAACUCAAUAACGUAUAAAGGAUCUGAUAAUCGUGAAAAUCUACCAUUGAUGAAAAAGCAAUCGAUUAAUUCAACAUCUAGUCGGCGUAAGUAUAAUCAGCGACCUAAAACGUUAGCUGACCUGAUAUCUGAACCAUUAGAUAAUAAAACUAAUGAACAUACAUAUCAUCAUAAUCAAUACCUGAAUAGAACAACUAAUUCAACAAUGAGUCGUUCAUUUACAUCAACUAUAACAACUAAAUUAUCAUCAGAUGAAUCUAAAAUGAAUUAUAAUUUACCAUUGGAUAAUUUAAAAUUAUAAAUUAUCUUCUUUUUGUUUCGUUGUUGUGUAUUUGUUCAGUUUGAGCGCCUUGUUUGUACAUUUGCUUACUGGUUUCAAUUACAUAAUUUCUUAUUUAUUUAGAG